ACAACCUCGGAAAUCGAACACGAGUACUUUUUAGACAAGAAACAACAAAAGAAAAUAUACCCGAGAAGAGGGACGGAUUGUUUGUACGUUUUAUUCUAAAUCUAUUCAUUGUUAGGCCUCAAAUUACCUUCAUUUUGGGAAAACCUCAAAUAAGCUAGGGACAACAAAAGAACAUACAACUGUUUUAAGAAGAAAUCUACUUGUGAAUUAAAAUAAAAGAAAACCUCACAAGGUUCUACAGGAACAGGUGACACCGACCGCCCAGGGGUUUAUUUGCCUUUCCACAGCCUAUGUAUCUGGAUUUGGCAUUUUCCGCCCGCCGCCCUCCUACUAUGGUGAUCAUGGAAGUCCCCAGCAUCGAUGCCGUGUCCCUCCGCGGGCUGCUGGAGGGGGAAGACCCGGGCUGUCUGGUCCUGGACUGCCGCUCAUUCUUCUCCUUCAACUCCUCUCACAUCUCCGGGUCCACCAACGUCCGCUUCAGUACUAUAGUCCGCCGGAGGGCCCGAGGGGGGCUGGGGGUGGGACACAUCGUGCCCAACGAGGACACGCGGAACCGGCUUCUCUCAGGGGAGUAUCGGUCGGUGGUGUUUCUGGAUGAUCGGAGUUUGGACUUCGGCCAAGUGAAGAAUGACGGGACUCUAAUGCUCGCCGUGACAGCUCUGUGCCGAGACCCGUGUGGAGCCAGUGUCUUCUUUCUCAAAGGUGGUUUUGACACGUUCUCCUCGGAGUAUCCAGAGAUGUGCACCAUGCCUUCAGCUCCACAGGGACUGAGUCUGCCCCUCAGCGCCCGUCCAGACAGCGCCGACCCCGGCUGCAGUCCAUGCAGUACAGCUCUCUAUGACCAGGGUGGUCCAGUGGAGAUCCUUCCCUUCCUCUACCUGGGCAGUGCCUACCAUGCCUCCAGAAAGGACAUGUUAGACAUGCUGGGUAUCACUGCUCUUAUAAACGUAUCAGCUAACUGCCCCAACCACUUUGAAGAGUCCUUCCAGUACAAGAGUAUCCCUGUAGAGGACAACCACAAGGCUGACAUCUCCUCCUGGUUCAACGAGGCCAUAGAGUUUAUCGACUCCAUCCGUAAUAAAGGCGGCCGUGUGUUUGUCCACUGCCAAGCCGGCAUCUCCCGCUCCGCCACCAUCUGUCUGGCCUACUUGAUGAGGACCAACCGCGUGAAGCUGGACGAGGCCUUCGAGUUCGUCAAGCAGCGGCGCAGCAUCAUCAGUCCUAACUUCAGCUUCAUGGGCCAACUGCUGCGGUUUGAGUCCCAGGUCCUGGCUACGUCGUCCUGCUCGUCGGAGGCCGGGAGUCCUGCCCUGGGGAAGAGCAGUACGGUCUUUAACUUCCCAGUGUCUAUCCCCAUCCACGGCUCUGCUGGACAUGGACAGCUCUCCUUCCUCCACAGCCCCAUCACCACCUCACCCAGCUGCUAAGGUGGAGAGUAGGAUCAUAUGGAGGGUUGUCUGUCUUAGCCUGGACUUGAACUUUACUGUCACAAUACUGGUAGUGCCAGGGUAGUGCCACCUUCCUGGUGUAAAGGUCAUUGAUGCCCUUCCUGGUGUAAAGGUCACUGAUGCCCUUCCUGGUGUAAAGGUCACUGAUGCCCUUCCUGGUGUAAAGGUCACUGAUGCCCUUCCUGGUGUAAAGGUCACUGAUGCCCUUCCUGGUGUAAAGGUCACUGAUGCCCUUCCUGGUGUAAAGGUCACUGAUGCCCUUCCAGGUGUAAAGGUCAUUGAUGCCCUUCCUGGUGUAAAGGUCUUAUAGAAGUGAUCCUGGCAUCACUGGACAAAAGGGCAAACUUUUGGAGAGACAAGCCAAGUGGCCUAGUUUAUGGGUUAAAUCCACAGGUCUGCCCCAUCGCCUUGAAAGGAGUUUCUCUCGCUACCAAUUUGUCAGUAUGGUUAUCACAACAUCCUCUGUAGAAGGUAAAUGACACCCACAGAUCUACCUAGAAUACCCUCAACUUCUAGUCUAGGAAAAUACAGAGAAGUCAAUGGCUGAAGGUGACUGGGGGAAGGGUCAAUCCUUUAAAAGAAGUUAGAAGUAUUUUAAUUGGAUGAAGAGAAGAGAUUGUAGUCAAAUAAUUUUUUGGACCUGCCACAACUCUUAACAAAAUGUAAACCCUCCCUUGGUCACUCACAGACAGUUGUCAUAUUUAUUGAUACCAAUAGACUCUCAGGAAUCAUUAAUUACUUUCAAUGUCCCUUUUUUUUCUCAUGUUUUUUUAUUUCACCUUUAUUUAACCAGGUAAGCCAGUUGAGAACAAGUUCUCAUUUACAACU